AUGAUAGCAGCGCAAAACGGAUUAGACUUGCAAUGCGCAGAUAUCCAGAACGCUUUCCUCACUGCACCAGCAAUCAAAAAGUGCUACAUGGUAGUAGCAGGACCCGAAUUUGGGGACAAAGAAGGCAAAGUCUUCAUUGUAAGAAGGGCAUUAUAUGGUCUCAAAGAAUCAUCAGCAGCAUUCAGGUCACAUCUGGCAGAGACAUUGGAGGAAUUGGGCUUCUGGUCGUCCACUGCCGAUCCUGACGUUUGGAUGAGGGCAGCUGUUAAACCAGAUGGGGAGAAAUAUUAUGAAUACAUCCUUUGUUACGAUGAUGACAUCCUCUGUAUGUCAAUGAAGGCCAAAGAAGUAAUGAAAGGAAUCGGAAGGGUGUUCAAAUUCAAGAAAGGGAAGAUUGAACCUCCAGAGAGCUAUCUAGGCGCCAGUUUACGAAAAAAGUAUUUGGACGGAGUUGAUAUGUGGACGAUGUCUAGUUAUGACUAUGUUGUGGUAGCCGUGUUAGAGGAGGACGCAACCGAGUGA